AUGCACGCCAGCGGGGCGGCUCUGCAGACUGCUGGCCAGAGCGUGCUCGCCCGCGGCUCCAACGAGGACCCGCGGGACGCCGCCGCCGUGGUGGUGGCCGUCGUUGUGGUCGUCAUUGUCGGCGUGGUCUUCGUCGUGGCAAUGGGCGCCUUAGUCUGUCGCACCUCCGGCGCCCAUGGCUCCGUGAAAGCGGCCAGGGUUGCAGGUCCGGAGUUGUACAGUAUUGGCGUGCUCGUCGGUAGGCGGCUCCUGCGCCCAGGCACGCUCUGCCUCGACGCAAUGUCGCUUGAGGAUGCGCUCGCGCCGCCCAUCUCGAUUCACAUGCGCACCGUGGCAGACUGGAUGGCCCUGGGAGUGCUCAGGCGCCAGCUCGCGCGUCUAGGCAGCAAGUGCGAAGAGCUCUUCCCCGACUUCUGCGGGGCCUACGAGGCAGAGCUCAAGGUGCGUGACUGGGCCUUCAAAAACGAGGGCCUCAUUAGCGCCAGCGAGGCCUUGCUCAAGGCCGAUGCGUCCAUGCACAAGGAGGUCGUGAAGACUCGCGAGCGCGAGAGAAAGCUCAACAGGGACCUGAAGAAGGAUAACUGGCAACUCCAGCGACAGAAGCGGGCGGCGGAGGCCGAGCUGGUCCGAGGAGGGCACGUGGCCACAGGGAUCGCGGCCAACACGAAGCUGGCUCCAGUGCUCGGGGAGGCCAGCGGCACGGCCAGGUUCUUGGGCGUCCAUGCUGUCGCGACCGGCCCAGUCACGUGUCACUACUGCGGGGACGAGUGCGGCUUGGCCUCGUGUGGCGUCCUGGCCUGCGCGGGCGGCGGGGCGCCAUUUUUCCAGAGCGUCAGCUCGGUCGUCGCACGCGGGAGCUUUGCCAAGGCCGUGGGCGGCGAGCUCCCGCAGUCGCUCGUUAACAUAAUCCCAGACCCUUCGCGCCCGUGUCACUACGCGUGCAUCAGGCGGGCGCCUGCCGUCGUCGACCUCGCCGGCGGCUCGGCCUGA